AUGGCCUCCCAUCUCAUCCACAGCAGCACAGCCGGUGCCGGCGAGGAAAAGGACCAGCUAUAUUCGUCAACGACGACGACGGAUGCUCCGGGUGUCUCGCUGGCGGACAUCACAAAGACAAACAAUUUCACCUCCAAGCUUCCCCCGGACGCGGCUUUUGAUACCCCUCUGGCUUCACACAAUGCGCCCCGUGAGCAUUUGGGUCCUCGGCUAGUCAAGGGCGCGCUGUACACCUUUGUCAGGCCAGAGACCACUUAUGAGCCAGAGCUGUUGGCUGUGAGUCCUCGUGCAAUGAAGGACAUCGGCUUGAAAGAGGGCGAGGACAAGACGGACGACUUCAGGGAGAUGGUUGCAGGAAACAAGAUAUUUUGGAACGAGACGGAUGGAGGCGUCUAUCCUUGGGCCCAAUGCUAUGGAGGUAAGGCUUUGUUCCUUGGAUUCAGGACCAUAUUUUAUUUUUAUGCUAUGAAAUAUACUAAUCCCAUAUUUUUAGGCUGGCAGUUACGCUAUGAAAUUCAGCUCAAGGGAGCGGGUCUAACCCCAUACUCUCGUUUCGCCGACGGCAAGGCAGUCCUCCGCUCCAGUAUUCGGGAGUUUAUUGUCUCUGAAGUCACUCGCUUUGCAGAGUCGUGGAUUAGAAUAGGCACAUUUGACUUGUUACGUGCUAGAAGUGACUUGAAGCUCACCCGCCGGCUUGCCACUUACGUUGCCGAAGAUGUAUUUCCUGGCUGGGAGUCACUCCCGGCUGCCCUGCCCACUACUCAGGAAAAGGACAAACCUGCCGAUGGGGAAUUGAUAGACAACCCUCCUCGGGGAGUGCCAAAGGACGAGAUCCAAGGCGAGAAGGGUGCAGAAGAGAACAGGUUUGCCAGGCUAUAUAGAGAAAUAGUUCGACGCAACGCAAAGACGGUAGCCGCCUGGCAGGCAUAUGGCUUCAUGAACGGCGUGCUCAAUACCGACAACACCUCCAUUUUUGGCCUGUCGCUUGACUUUGGCCCAUUCGCCUUCAUGGACAACUUUGAUCCAAGCUACACACCCAACCAUGAUGACGAUAUGCUGCGGUACUCAUACAAGAAUCAACCAUCAGUGAUAUGGUGGAAUCUGGUGCGUCUAGGAGAAUCAUUCGCCCAACUAAUAGGAAUUGGCGACAAGAUUGACGACGAAGCCUUCCUAUCCAAUGGACUGAGCGAAGAACAAACAUCCGAUGUCAUUGCUCGAGCUGAGAAACUCAUCGACCAAGCUGGAGAUGAGUUUAAAACGGUUUUCCUAAAUGAAUACAAACGCCUCAUGUCUACACGGUUGGGGCUUAAAACGCAAAAGGAAUCUGAUUUUAAUGAACUGUUUUCGAACCUUCUCGACACUCUCGAGAAACUAGAGUUGGACUUUAAUCACUUCUUUAGAAGGUUAUCAGGACUCACCGUGGCGGAGAUAGAUAGCGACGAAAAGAGGAAAAAGGUGGCCAGUUUGUUCUUCCACGACGAAGGCGUUGGCGGCGCCGGAAAUACCGAGGAGUCUGCUCGGGAGAGCGUUGCUAAGUGGCUUUCAUCAUGGAGAGAGCGAAUAGUAGAAGACUGGCCCGGGUGUGAAGAUGAGGAGCGGAUACGCUCCAUGAAGGGAGUGAAUCCAAAGUUUAUUCCUCGAUCGUGGAUCCUCGAUGAAGUGAUCCAGCGUGUUGAGAAGCAGGGUGACAGGGAGAUUCUAGGUCGAACCAUGAACAUGGCCCUCCACCCAUUCCAAGAAGAAUGGAGCAUCAACAGGGAAGAAGAGGAGAGAUUCUGCGGCGAUGUACCCCGAUUCAAGAGGAUGGCAAUGUGCAGCUGUAGCUCAUGA